UUAAAGUAACAAAAUAUAAAUUAUAACAUGAAAAUAGGACCAUAAAGUUCUAAAAUAUACAUUAUAAAAUGACAAUAUAGUACCAAAAUACAACAAUAUCGAUAUAAAGUACCAAAACAUACGAUAUAACAUCAAUAACAAGAUAAAGUAGCCACCUAAAUAUACAAUAUAACAUAACAAUAAAAGUAGCCUACCAAAAUAUACACGAUAAAUAACGAUGAUAAUGUAACAUAUAAUCAGCCCGCAUGCUAGAAGAAUGGUGCCCAUUUCUUCUGCCCCUGCCCCCCAGACAGCCUGAGUCCACCACUGCUCAUAAGUUUACAAGUACAGUGCUUGAGUAAAUGUACUUUGUUACUUUAAACUACUAAUAUGAGAUAGACUUUAAUGAAUGAGCAAACAAGAUGAGAGAUGUAGGACAGUAAAUCAGUCUAAACUCAUUGAUCCCUCUCUGACCUUUAGGGUCUCUGUGUUACAAUGGAUCAUCUCUGUCACUCUGACACCAUUAACUAUGCUUGCAUGAUUUUAUGGUCACCAAUCGUGAUACAUGUCCAGCUGGAAAGGCCAAGCUGCAAAUGUUAACUCAUCCCCUGAAUAAAAAGCGUGAGUGUGGGAGGGAGGGAGGGAGCAGGGAUAGAGUUUCUCCCGGUAACGGAUCUCUUUGACCGCCAUAGAUUCAGUUUCUCCUCCACUGUGACUCACACCUCAAUACAUGCGACAUUUUACAAACUAUAGAAUAAACUCAUGGUGAUCGCCGAGUGUUCCUCGCGGUCGCUGCCCGGCGUCGUGUUACCUUCCUCGGGGCAUCAUGGGCUCGUAAGAUGCCUUCGCUGUGGAAACGGAUAACCUUCUCGGUGGCCUCGGUGCUCUGUGUCGGCUCGGUGGUGCUCCUGGUCGUGGCCCUGUCCACGGAGCGCUGGGUCUCCGGGCGGAUCCUGUGUAAAACCGGGGCGGAGAUAGUGAACGCGUCCCACCCGGAGCUGGAGCAGUUCAUCGGGGACAUUUACUACGGCUUGUUCCAGGGAGGGAAGACCAAGAAGUGCGGGCUCGGCAACAGGCGCUCCAAAAUAUACAUUUUCCCAAAGCUUGUUCAGACGUUGAAUGGCGGCCUUCACAUGAUGGUGAUCCUCUUCCUGCUAGUGGCUGUGGGCUUCGCGCUGGUCAGUCUGUCUUUCUGCAUUUACAACGCACGGAAAGUUCCCUACCAGAGCAUCAAAGGGCCCAAAGGACUCUACCUGUGGAACUUCAUUGCUGCUCUCUUCGGUGCCCUGGGCAUGCUGUGUUUCCUGGCAGCUGUGAGGCACCACAGUCUGACCGAGCGGCUGGCCAAUCAUCGGGAGAACCUCUUUGUGCUGGUUGUCCUGGAUGACAGCCUAGACUGGUCCUUCUGGCUGGGUGUGGGCAGCAUCGCGACUCACUUUGCCGUCUGUGGAGUGGUUGCCAUGAGCCGGAUCAAACUCCCCAAACCGGAGAUCAAGAAACCGGAAGAACCCACAAUCUCUUCUUUGGACUUGCUCUACUGAAGGACCAAACAAGGAGUAUUUACUGAUGCUUGACUGGAGCAAACCACAAUGACUGACAGCAAGUGAAACUAUAUAUAUUGUCUAUAGCUACAAAAUGUAAAUACAUCAUUAUUAUUUUCAUUAUAUGUAUAGAAUGUAAUUAACUGAUCUGUUUUUCAGGCACUUCAACCCCCUUCAUGAAGGAUUUCAUUUUUACUGUAACUAUUCUUGAUCCCUGAUAGAACAUGUACAACUAUGCAUGAAGAAGGGGGGCUUAUGUGAUAAAUGUAUAUUAUCUUCCAUAAACAGAAAGAGACUUGGAAUUAUCCAUUGAUUUUAAUUCACUUUAACUUGGUCAUAAACAGCUCCUCACAUCCGAAAAAGUCAGCUGUUAUGAAGGUGAAAAUAAGAACUGCUGGCCAUCAUUAAAGGACCGUUAUUACACGUGUUGGAUUGUUUAUAAGGUCCUGGAUACUAACACAAUU